AACACAAAAGCAACACCUUUAUGUAGGAGUAUAUAGUAUAUAUAGUCCAUAUGUACUCCAGGAUGAACUGUUGGACAUUUGAACGCUGACAACACGCUACAGGUGUCAGGCGAUCAGGAAACUGGUGUAUAGAAUAAGUGGUGGAAAUACACAAUCGUGAGAUCGAAUCUCCGGCAGGCAUGCAUCAACUGUGGUUAAACUUCGCUGUAUCCGUUCUGUAUCUUGCGACAUCAUCUGCUCAAAGUGGACCAUCGCUCCAUGAACUUGGUCUGCAAACAGACCCUGGCGCAGCAGAACCCUUCAAAGGAAUAUCUAAGUGGAUAAAGGUUCUCUUCGAUAAACGAGUCUCCUUCGAAGCACUAUUUAGGGACCCUUUCGGCGUAGAGCACAACCAUGACCCCAUGGCUGAACAUUGCCCCUACGGUAUCAUUUAUGAUAAGUCCAUGGUGUGCAGAAUUCAAAGCAUGUACCCUGCAUGCACGAUCAAGCAGAUACGAACCUCAACUGACAUGGGAUUUGCUGCAUCGAUAUACAAAGAAACAACAUUACCUUACACACGUAUUCAUUCUCAUGAUCCUCCACCUUUCAGGGACCCUAUUCCUGAAAUAAUACAAACAUGUAAAGACCCUAAAAAAUGCCGAUUCGACGAAAUGUCAGAUCGUAACGAUCGUUGAGGUGCGUGAAAAAAAUCCUGACACAGGUUGUGAACUAUGGGAAAGCAAGGUUACUACAUUUGUCCAAAUACCUCACCCAAGCUUGGUACCGGCAUCCUAAACUGAGAUCUGUCUGUCGAGGAAGGUCUGACGAACUGGUGAACUAUGUGAAGGAACUAUCCUCCAUCAAAACACUAAAAGACAAGAUUGUGCCUCUCUUAGACACAAACCUAUGGCCUAUCAACGUAACUGCUCCCUUCAGAACCGAAGUGGAUGACGUAUGUAAAACUAGCCCUGAUGACAGAUUCUGUAUUUACAAGAAGGUGUUUCUCUUGUCUGAGCCAAUACGAGAAGUGAAGAAACUGGCCGACAAAUCUAAAUGGGAAAGUGAUGUAGUUCAAGCAGCUAUUGCCGCCUUUUCGAUGCAUCUCCAAGACUUCAAGAAAAAUAGUCCAAACGAAUUUAAGAAUAUUCCACCUUUGUCGGAAAAAACACUAUACAUGGAGAAUACGCGACAAAUAUUUGCCAUCAUCCAAAAAGCUGAUUUUGCUGAACUGAAUGAUUUGAUGUCCAUCUAUAGUAGGUUCGAGGCUACAUAUUUUGCAGACAAAAGUUUGAGUGGAACAACAGAACAGGUGCUCCUCUACAACCUUCACAAACUUGUGGAACAAGCUCGUCUUAUUGUUGACCGGUAUCAAGAAACACUUAAAACCAGAAAAGUCCUAACAACUGAAGUUGAUUUAAAGGCUUUGCUGAUGAGCACCGAGAUGAACAAGAUAAUUGAUUUUGUGAAAGGUCAAAAAUCUGAUUUGCUAAACAUCGCUAAAUAUCUCACUGCCCAGAUAAGUCAGAGCGUGGCCAACCAGUUUGAAGGACUGCAGACGUAUUUCACAAAAGUGGAGUCAUUCAAUCGGGAUAAAUCUAUGGCAGAUAUUAAAUAUGUUAAGGGCAUGUUGGACAAAUUCACAAAAUCCUCCAAGAAAUUGCAAGGGACUGUCAAUGAUAACAUAGACAAGGUUGUUAAGUAUGCUUUGAAGGCGGCACAGGCACAGGUCGGAGAGCAGGCAGCCAUGUUAGCACUAAGGGUAGCGGAGGCAUGUAACCCUAUGGACUGGCUUAUAAAUGGCGGGUCUGCCAGCGAAAUUAUGGAGACUGCAGCACUGUUAGCCAACAGUAUUGCAGAUUUGGCCGUUGUAGAAAAACUGAAGUCAUCAGUAUCAAGUCUGAUCAAAGAAACAAAAGCCUUAUCAGUUGGUUUUGCUAAAAACAACCACUUUCUGAAAAUUAUCCGUCAGGUUAUCGAUAACAUAGAUUCCCCCUAUUCCAGUUUUGAAGCAGACAAAACAUUUUUCUUAACCAAAUAUGCGGAUUAUCAGCCUGGAAUUACCCGACCGCAGCUGGUAGGGGUUGAAGUAUUUUGGGGUGUUGUUGUGGACGAAGCCUGCAAGGUCAUCGAGAACUCAGAAGCAUCAGCUUCGGCACACUUUAAGAGAGAGGUUGGGAAAAGUGGUAUAUGCUGGAAGACUAAAAUUGAAAUUGCCAAAAUGAUCGAGACCUUCUCCGAAAUAUACGACUUUCAGUUUGAUUUAAUAGAAGACAUGGCGUCCUACAUGAGAGCCCAAACUGCAGUUAACGCUGCCCAAUCUAUGAAUGCCAACUUCGAAGCGAUCACCGCCAAGGCAGGAACUGCUGAAGACAGGCUGAUGGUGAUGGAGCAAAUGUCCGCCAUCUUGGUCGUCACCCACAAGGUUCAGACGUGGGUCAUCGUUGACCAGUAUUGCAAUAUCCUAGAGUACAAAAAUGGUGGACAGAGGCCAACUGUAUGUAAGGGUGUGAAAUCGGAAAUCCCUGCUCUUCUUGCCCAACCGGAAGUGGCCUGUGACAAUGAAGUCCGCUUGUAUGUCAAUAUCCCAACCGUACCUGCAAAAAGUUCUGACAAAUCCUACGUUAACAUUUCAGACUUAUAUGCUGGUAAUGAAAUCACGUUUAAGAUUGAGAAUCAACAAUGGCUGAGAGACAAUGGUUGGAUUGGGGUGAAUGAUAACAUUAUUGCAUCAUAUGUCAAAGAUUUUGAAGUAUAUGCACCAACAAAAACGACGAGUUACAGGCGUGUUAAAUCAACUGUUAUUGGCUUAUUGAAUAAUGAGUUAAUUCCAGGGCAAACAGAAUACGUCAUAGUCCCACAACACCCGAUGGUCUUUGAGUACCAAGAAGGGCUAUUGCUGCAUAACUGUCGUAAAGGGAAACUUCAGAACCCGUACACCACCUGCACGAAUGACAAAAUCUCGUACAUCUGCCCCCUCAGCAACGACCUGACAACCUGCGAAGAACUCAAAACCAAAACGUUGUUGUUUCCUUCGGUGUUCUCCACCUGGAAGAUUCAGCUCCAAGGGUUCAAGUUCUCGCCCGUUCCUGAUCCAGCAACCGAGCUCCCCAUCAAAGUUGGAAUACUCAUGUGUACCAUGUACAAUAAGAAGACCGAAGAGCAGACAACUCGACGGAACAUCCGAGAUACGUCGUCCCAACAUUCUGUAUCUGAACGCAGUGGCAGCAGCUUGGGUUGUGACAAAUCCUGCUGCCCAGAAGGCCAGUACCUGUCUCAGAAGACCUUCACGUGCAAGCCCUGUCCUGCUGGGUCCGUAUCUGCGUUAGGCGGGUAUUACUGCCAGAAGGCUCCCGCCGAGUGAGUAAGGUCUAUGACAGUAAGGUGUGUGGCACUGAUGGCCCGUGGACUUUUUUUUGUUUAUGCUCUUUGAUCUUUCUGAUUUCACACCAACACGACAAUUGAUAGCGUGACACUAUUGAUGUCCUGAAAAGUGUGCUUAAUCUGAUCUGCUUCUGUUUAUCAUUAUGUAAUGAAACAAUGUACACAGCCAUUUGCUUUACUAUAUUGGUGUUUACGGAUUUGUGCUAUUAUGACCUGCCGGGUGAAACGUGUAACAUUUUAUAUCUAUCUUUUAUCAAGUUUCUAGGUAAAGGUUCCUGCCUAUGUAUCAUCAAGACAAUAUGUGAAAGCCAUGUUUAGUUAUUCAAAAUUAACAUACGUUAUACGUUACGUCAUCACUGUAUUGUCUGGUCCAGACUGCCGCCAUAUAGCUGUAAACGUUACGUUACUAUAUAAUCAAGGAUAUGAAUACACAUUCAUCUAAUAUAACCAUGAAUAUGUACACAGACGUAUGUUACUACACAGUAAAGAGGAGCAGAAAGGCCUAUGCUAUUACAUCAUCAAGAAGAUAUAUACAUGUUUAUGCCAUUGCUUAUCCCAUUAUAUAACCAAGAGAUGUAAACAGGCAAUAUAUUCAGGUGUAUGGUAUUAUAUAAUCAAGAAAAUGUAUUCAAGGUUUAUGCUAUUAUAUAAUCAACAAAUGUUAACAGUCCCAUACCUGUGUAUACUCUUAAAGGAAAGUAGGGGAUCAUGCAAUCUGUUACGUUAUUGUCAAGUAACAGAAUAGACAUACCUGAAAGGACUGUACGUCUGUAAAUCCUGAAACUCAAAUUGUGUUGAGCGUGAUUCCUGAUUUUGACACUUUCGACGGUCGAUUAAUGUCUAUGGGCCAUUAUAUCUGUCAAUAUGUCUGCUUCUGCGUAUCAACUUGAAUUCAUUUCCUGUUCGUGUCAGCACCGCGUUGAGCGUCAGCAUCUACGGGCUAUUGGUGCGAGGAAAACUGGCAGAAUGUUAAUGUUUCAUUUUCUGUGAUUGGCAGACGUUAGACGUUAACGACAGGAAAACAGGUUCUGUGAUUCGAAACAAGGCUCGACCUGUGAAGAUCCGGGUUAAAAUCGACACCCCAUGUUUAUCGUCAGAGAUUAUCGUGUGGGAUGGUAUCACUGUGACAGGUCCAACCCAAUCCAUAUUGUGCAAGGAAGGGGCAUUGGAUUGUACAAUCGGGAAUAAAAAAAUGACACCCUUUGCUGCGCCGGUUGCAAAGUGAGCUUGGACGUUUUGUCGUCCAAGCUCACCUUGCACAAAUCGUCAUCAUCCAUAGAAUGCUCCAGCCAGCACUGAGCACAGGCCUUUUACCUACUCUCAUACUUCACUACCGUUUGUAAUGUAUUCCCAAGUUCGUUUAUUAUUAUCAUAAGAUUAUUGCUAGAAACUGAUAUAUUUGACAGCUUGGAAAUUGUAAGCUAUUUCCGCCUAUCCCCUAUUUUUUCAAGAGUAUAUUAUGAUAAUGUUGUGUGGAGGGUUGUACUUACUUUUAUGUAUUCAGAAUUGUUUACUCUUGCUUAUGCUUCAAUGUAAUAAAGAGGAUUUGUGAUGGCUUAUGCAUUUAUUGAAUCAAGAUAAUGUGUAAAGGCUCAUUGUUUCAUAUAAUAAAGAGAAAGUGAGAAGGCUUGUAUUGAUAAUUGAUCAAGAUGAUGUAUGGCCGCUUAAGCUAUUAUAUAAAACAAAAUUGUGUUAAGGAACAUGCAAAUAUAACCGAGAUGAUGUGUUAAGGACUUAUGUGAUGGCUUAUGUUUAUGAGGCUAUGAGGCAUUGAUUAAGUGAGUCCUAGAUAAUGUACAUGAAACAUGGCAGAGAAGACCAAGGAUGCAGCCAGUUCGAUUAUAGACUUUGUAUUAUUGUUUUGUUCACAAACAGUCGUAUUUUCUCCUUUGAACUGCGGAAUAAAAGCUAUUCUUUGCACAA